AUGUCGUUCAUCUCAGCUGUAUUAUCGUGGUACACACUGGCGGGCCUUGCUGCCCUCCCAGUUCUGAUACUGUUCAAUGACCUAUGGACGUGGUAUCGCAUGCCACCAGGACCUACACCAGUUCCAUUCAUAGGAAACAAGCUGCCGACCUCAAAGCCAUGGAUCCAAUUCCAAGAAUGGUCUAAGAAAUAUGGACCAAUUUUCACUAUCUGGGUCGGCAGACGUCCAACCAUCGUGGUCUCUGAUCCUCAAGUGGCUGUUGACUUGAUGGAAAAGCGAAGUACAAAGUACUCAUCCAGGCCAAGAUUUGUUGUCAUGGGAGAGAUGUACGGAAGCGGUUCUGUUCUAAUGCAGCCUUACGGCAAAGAAUGGUCAAUUCGGAGAAAGCUACUUCACCGAGCUCUCACACCAGCUGCUCUUCGAACGUAUAGAGCAAGACAAGAAGCCGAGUCCACACGUUUGGUCUACCAAGUCAUGCAGAGCCCAGACAACUGGGAGCGAGCAUUCGAUAGGUUCACGUCUAGCGUUGUCUUUUCAAUUUCGUAUGGAAGACGUAUCGACUCUGUGGACUCCAAGACCAUCCGUCAACGGCUGGACUUCAUGCAGUUCAUGGCUUCUCUGAACGUUCCUGGGGCUUAUAAAGCCGAGUCAUUUCCAUUCCUGAAACACGUUCCAUCCAUUUUGGCUCCUUGGAAAAAAGAAAUCGAAGAUCAUGCAAAGAUGGAAGCGGACGCCAACAUGUCGCUUCUUGACGAUGUCAGAAGAGAUCUGAGGAUCGGCGAAGAGAAGGGCCAUGAGGUUACUCCUUCACUCGCUUCAACACUCCUUGCUGUUCGGGAAAAAGAGGCAAUUCCCUUACCAGACAAAGAUUUUUCAUUCGUACCUGCCUCCCUUUUCGGUGCUGGAAGCGACACCACUGCAUCUACGAUGUGUUCCGGAAUUCUCAUGCUAGUCACAAACCAAAAUAUUGUUAAAAUGGCGCAAGAAGAACUGGAUUCAAUCGUUGGCACUGACCGGCUCCCAACUUUCGAUGACGAGGCCAACCUGCCAUAUAUUCGAGCUCUUGUAAAAGAGAUUCUCAGAAUUCGUCCCGUCGCAGUUCUCGGAGGAACUCCUCAUGCCUCAACUGAAGACGAUGUCUACGAGGGAUACCACAUUCCCACGGGAACAACAAUUCUGGGUAACUCGUGGGCCAUCAACUUGAAUGAUGACUAUUAUCCCAACCCUCAUCACUUCAAUCCGGCCCGCUUCCUUGAUCAGAAAGACCCACGUUAUGUUCCCGAGUUGAAGGGAACGAAGACUCACCCUGCAAAAGCGGGACAUUCCAGCUUUGGUUGGGGUCGACGGAUAUGUCCUGGCGCAGAUCUAGCAGCGAACUCGCUGUUUAUUGCUGUUUCGAAACUUGUUUGGGCGUUUGAUAUUCUACCCACGAGGCAGUACGAUACUUUUGAUUACACUGAUGGAUUUAACAUCCGCCCAAAGCCAUUCCAGUGUUUGAUUAGAGUUAGGAGUGCGGAGCAUCAGCGUGUUCUGGAGAAAGAAAAGUCCAUGGCUGAUAAAGAGAUGGAGAAGUUCCCUGCAUAUGACUAA